AUGGCGACAGUGCAAUCAUCUGGCCUGUCGAGCCUUUUACGGGGAAGCCUCCGCCCGGAGCCACGGAUCGCUGUGAAGAGCUCUGCCGGUCCGACUCCGUCGUGCCAUAAGAGGCUUGCGGUGUGCAACAUUCGCGCUCGAGCCGACGGUAGAAGCAGGUCCGGAAGAUUUGCCGCUUCCUCCGCAGCAGCCGCAUCCAGCACCUCGCUCAUCCCCGCAGCGGCAGCCCUUGCCUCGGACUCGCCCACACCCGAUACCGUCGCUACCGUCGCAGAUGCGACGGCGGCAGUCGCAGAGGGCGAGGGGCUGGACAUCGGAUUCAGCUUCAACGACCUAGACCUGGGCCUGGAUGCUCCCUCUUCCGCCACCACUGACGCUGCUGCCGAUGCUGCUGCCGAUGCUGCUGCUGAUGUUGCUGCGGAUGCAGCAGAUGCUGUGUCUGCCGCUGCCAAUAGUAUCGCAGUGCCGGACGAGGUGCUUGACCUGCCCACCACCACGGCUCUUCCAGACCUGCCCAAGUUCUCGUAUCCCACCAGGGAUGUCGCCCCUUCUUUUGAGAAACCAGGAUUCAGCAUGCCCGAAUUCAAGAAGCCCGAAUUUACCAUGCCCGAGUUUAAGAAGCCUGAUUUCGAGUUCAGCUUGCCUGAAUUUAAGAAGCCCGAGUUUAGCAUACCAGACUUCCAGAACCGAGAAUUUAGCCUGCCCGAGUUCAAGAAGCCCGAAUUUUCGCUGCCCGAAUUCAAGAAGCCCGAUUUUGCGCUGCCCGAUUUCAAGAAGCCCGAGUUUUCCCUACCCGAAAACCUUUCAGACCUGAAGGCGCCUUCCUUCUCCCUGCCCGAAUUCGCCAAGCCAGAAUUCAAGCUGCCCGACUCGUCCGAGCUCCCUCUCCCUAAAACUGACUUCAAGCUGCCCGACCUCCCCACCCCAGAAUUCAACCUGCCCGAGAUCCCGCUUCCAUCCUUCCCCAUCCCGAGCCUCCCCUCGCCCUCGAACCUCCCCGUCCCGAAGCUAACCGUGCCUCGGGCAAUUUCCGAGCCUGUGGAGAACGCGGUGGCGGCGGCGACCGCGUCGGUUGCGGACUCGGCGGCGGCGGCGGCGGCGGUGGCGCAGCGCGAGUACCUGGCGGCGUACUCGGCGCUGCGCGAGACCGUGCCGGCGGACGCGCUGCCGCUGGUGGAGAAGGUGGAGGCGAACCUCGCUUCGCUGUGGGACGCCGCUAGCGGGCUGACUAAAGAGGUGGCAGUGCAGGUAGGCGCGCACGUGUGGGUAGUGGCGGGUGUAUAUCAGCGGGUCGAGCGGCGCCCUGCCAUCGCCACUGUGGAGAAGGUGGAGGCGAACCUGGCGUCGCUGUGGGACGCCGCUAGCGGACUCACCAAGGAGGUGGCCGUGCAGGUGGCGGUGCUAUCAGCAGCGGCGGUGAGGGCAGCGUUUGGGGCGGCGGGCUUUGAUGCGGAUGACACUGUCGUGGCCGCCACUCUCAUCGCCACCGGCACGCUGCUGCUCGGAGUGGCGUAUUGGAGGGCGGCGUAUGGAGGGUAUUCGGGCAACCUGUCAGCAGAGGAGGCACUGGAGGUGCUCAAGGAGAGCAAGGCCGUGCUCGUGGACAUCCGCCCUGAGUUCCUGAGGGACGAGAACGGCAUCCCUGACCUGCGCAGGGGCGCACGCUUCAAGGACUGCAGCGUCAAGUUCGAAAAGCUGGGCGGGCCUCUGAGGGGGCAGGUGCGCAGUCCAGACGUGGUGGACCUGCAGCUCAUGGCUGCUAAGAUCAAGGGCGUCAGAGGCGUGCAGAAGGACACGCAGGUGAUAAUAAUGGACGAGAGCGGUGGCAACCUGGCAAAGGAGAUUGCCAGGGGUCUCUCCAGAGUGGGCUUUAAGCGCUCAUUCGUGAUGGACGGGGGCUUUGACUCGUGGGUGGCGAGCGGGCUGCGAGUGAAGCCCAACGAGCCCGAGCGAGCAGUAGACGUGCUCAAGAAGGAGUACGAGGCGUUUGUGGAGGACGUGCAGCCCACGCCCCUUGGAGUGGCCACUGUGGUGCUCGGCACCGGAGUCGGCAUCUUCGCCCUCAUAGAGUGGGAGCGGUCGCUGCAGCUGCUGGGGGUGCUGGCAGUGGUGCAGCUGAUCUACCUGCGCGUCAAGACAUAUGAGACUGAGGAGGACCUUCAGCGGGACGUGCGAGCACUGCUCACGCCCUUCUCUCUCGCAGCAUCAGCAGCGGGGUGGGCCCUCGGCACCUCCUCUUCUGCCUCUGCAGCACCCAAGGCCGCCAAGCAGCUCACAGAUGGGGAGGGUGAAGGAGGGAGCGAGAGCAAGGCGCCUGACGCUUCCAGUGUGCCUGCUGCUGCUGCUGCCAGCUCAGCUGCUGAUGUGGCGAUUCAGACUGACAACGGCAAGUCAGCUGUUGAGUCACCAGCCACCCCUUCUACCCCAGCAGCGAUUGAAGCAGCUGCUGCACCACCCUCGCCCCCCAAGCCCACCCCCAGCACCGCCACCAGCACCCCCACAUCGCCUGUUGACAAUGCAUAG